CACCCAUACCAACACAUCCAGGUAAUUUUAGAUGCUACCACAUGUUUCAUUAGUAUGCUGUGCUUCAUAAUACAGUCAGCAUGAGCAGGACUGGAGAACACUGCAUUGUAUUCUCCCAUAGGCAAAAUACAGUUAAAUGACGUCAUCUGGUGAGAAACAAAAAAUGUAAUAUUCAACAUUAUUUUGCUAUUUUAUAUCUAUUUAGUCUGUUUUAGCUCUUGUUUUAGUUGCUUUGUCUCCCUUUCCGGUUUUAAUUUUUUUUUUGUAUUUUAAUUGUUUUAAUUCUUUCUCUUGUUCUUUAAAAAGAAAAAUGUAUGUUUAAAUUUUCUUUUUUAUGUUCUCCUUCUGCACUAUAUGUAAAGCACUUUGAGUUGCUCUGUUGCUGAAAUGUGCUAUACAAAUACAUUUGCCUUGCCUUACAAUUGAGCUGCAGCCGUAAGCUGAACAGCAUGGCAUUUGUAUUUAAAAAUGUGUCUUAAUAACUUGUUAUAUUUGAUCUUCACCUGUCGCCUUCUAUUAAUGUCAAUGAUAACUGGAAAGCGCCUAUGGUGACAACACGGCGCCUGUGAAUCACGUGACAGCCCCUGAACCAAUCACGACACAGAACAGUUGGCCAAACUCUCUCUGUUAGCGGCUCCGUAUCAGACUCUCCGGUUCUACGCUGUUCACUGCUUUACUCUCAUCCACACAGCUGAGCUCCAGGCAGCCUGCAGGAUGGCCACCGCUACGCUUCAGUCAUUCAACGUGUUUCUAACGGACAGGCUAACCGCAGCUGCUGUAGACAUCUAUGGCUUCGUGGAAAAGACAAUAUUGGACUACCAGGAGGAGGUAAACCGGGCGAAGCUGGAGAACCAGAGGCUGCAGCGGCUGCUUGAUUUGGUGUACAGGCCAGAGAUAAGACUGCACAGAGCAGAUUCAAUGCAGAUCGAAUUGCCCGCACCAACACAGGAGGUGUCGGCUCAGGAGCAGCAGAUAAAGAAGGAAUGUAUUCCCAGUGUGGCAGAGGAGGAUCCGGUCAUCCUGGCCAUUAAAGAGGAACAAACCGAGCCCAGGACCAGUUCUGUGGAAGUACCUGUACCACCAGAGUACAGCAGCAUUACAGACAACCAUACCCAAGUUGAGUUGGCAGCUGCACAGCAAAUAGGAUUCAGCGGCAGAUCAUCACCAUCCUUCAGAGCAGUUCCAACUUACACAAAGACCAAAUUACACCUUGCAGCCCAUUCGCAUUCGUUCACCUGCCACAUCUGCGGGAGAGUAACGAAGACCAAGAGUCACAUGGUCUACCACAUUAGAACGCACACCGGCGAGAAACCCUUCAACUGCACCACAUGUGGGAAAAGAUACAAUAUGAAGAGUCACCUGACGGCACACAUCAGGAUUCACACUGGGGAGAGACCUUACACCUGCUACAUCUGCGGGAAGAGCUUCAAAAGACGCCAUGACAUGACAACACACGCCCAGCUCAAACACAAGGAGAAUCGACCCUUCAAGUGCAUGCAGUGCAGCCAGCAAUUCCAUCUGCUCGUGGAGUUCAAGCAGCACAUGAGGACAGUCCACAACAUGCCCAUCAGACUCACUGUUGCCGGUGCUGAUGCUGGUUCAUCAGCAAAUCUUUUCAGUUGAGUCAAAUACAGAGAUGACUUCCUCUCUGUAUGUGUCUUUUUUUUGAAAUUGUGAUGCUUACUUACUGUUACCGUAGCUGGUUCUGACGCGUUCAUCGGCAAAUCUUUUCAGUUGAGUUAAAUACAGAGAUGACUUCCUCUCUGUUGGUGUGUCUUUCUUUGAUUGUGAUGCUACAAAUCUAACAUGUAGCACGCUCCGAAACACUGAAUGUACAAAGUUAAUAAACAAGCUGAUGGACCAUCACAGAUGUGUUCAACUACAAAUAAAAUACAUCUCCAGGGUGAUAGAGAUUUUAAUUAUGCAGCCCAUACAUCAAUGGAGAGAGUAGACAGGAGUCCAGUAUGUCUUGUAAUGAAAAGGUUUAUUUUCUUGGCCAAGGAGAAGUGAAUGAAUGAUCAGUACAUGUUCUGUUCUGAUGUUCCCUUCAAUUCUGAAGUUUCUCUCCUCCGGGGAUAGACUUUAAACCACACCGAUAAUGCCACAGGUUGAGCCAUGCCCAAAUAUGGGCAGAUCCAACACAUCUACAAUAUACAGAAUGUAGUCUACUGGUCUAUAGACAAAACAUUGCUUAGACCUCACU